AUGUCAUCAGAAAGGGUGGAAUGGGUGGAGAUCAUAGAACCGAAGACAAAGGAGCAUAUGUAUGCUAACCUAACAACUGGCGAAUGUGUAUGGGAUCCUCCUGAGGGUGUGAAAGUGAAACGCACAGACUCUUCUCAAUGGUGGGAAUUAUUUGACACUAAUACUCAUAGGUUUUACUAUUAUAAUGCAUCUACUCAGACCACUGUUUGGCAUAGACCAACAGAUUGUGAUAUUAUACCACUAGCGAAAUUACAAACAUUGAAACAGAAUACCGAUCCUCAGAAAAGGAGAGAGACAUCCACACAAACAAAUCAAGCAGUGCCGCAGGUUCCAUCGACACUAGAUCCAAUAAGUAGCAAUGGCAACAGCACGGCUGCAAGUGUUAAUAAACUGUCACCAAAUAACACAAAAAGUGUUACUAUCACACAGACCAGUCCUGUUAGAACAAGAAGAUCUAAUUAUCAUCAACGUAACAGUGGUGAACGUCGCUGUCGUCUAAGCGAGGACAGCGCUGCGCUCUGUCGCCACACAGAUUCUGGUCGUUCAUCUGAUAGCAGCCUUAGUAGUGCCCAGCAGAGGAGGAAACAGCAAGAGUUAAGUGCGUGUGGCGCGGCUUGUACUCCUCAGCUGCGCAAGCGCAGCUCGGCCCAGCCUCACGAACCAGACAAAUGGUCGCCUCACACCGCUCUCAAUCGUAGCGGAAGUUUUAUUUCACCAAGAAAAGAUGCUUCAGACGACUCGAUGCACGAGAAGUAUUUCAAAUCUGUCGAGAGCACGCCGUUAACGAGGCGUAAGUUAAAACAACAGUCAGCGGGCGGUUCUUCAAAUGACUCCGCAUCCCCUCAAAGUCCUAGUAGUCCAUUACAGAAGCCCCAACCCACACCUUUCUUACAGGCGAGCGCGGCUCGUCCGUCCCUAGUGUCGUCUAUAUCGUUGGCUGAGAACACUCGCGCGAUGCACUCGCUGGAGAGACCUCAUCUGUCACGACACACUAAAGACCGCUACUCCGACAGGCAUCUAGACAAAGAGCGUCUAGCGGAACUUGAGCGUAUGGAGCGGUAUCCUGAGAAGCAGGCUGUAUACAGUGUGGACAAACCCUUCAGACAAACUAGCCUGGACCUACGUCACAACGCCUCUAGCUGGCAUCCUCCGCGGGAAUUUACUAGACGCCAACAAGCCGAACCCGAGCGUUACACCUCCAGCAAGACGUCAGUAUCUUCUGGUAGUAGCAAACAACGGUCCAGCGAACAACAUAAUUUCAUGAGGCUGUCUUCCGCCAACGAACAGGACAAUAUAGCUGCCGUAAAUUAUAAAAUGAAAUGCGUCAGCUUGGAGCCGACGUUGACAGAGCCUAAUGUACAGAAACACAAUCAACGUCUAGAGAAAACAUCCACGCCAAGGGAUAGAACGAAAUCACGACGUCACAAGCGUGUGGAGGAGGAAGCGGCUCUAGAAGGUGAUGAGGAAGAUGAGGACGGGUCGCCGCUGUACUGUAACUGGGACCUGCGGGGCAUGCAGCACUUACUGCCGCUACAGGACUAUAUCAUACAACAGGCUAAACUAUCCAGUCGCGGUCGUUAUGCGGGUUCGGAUUCAGACGGAGAGUCCGGUAGCUCGAGGUCCCGGUCGGGGUCGGAGUCCCGGUCACUGUCCGGACACGAACCGGACAACGAGUCAUCGGACGGUGGCGCCCGGACACCGGACGAUGAUGACGGCUCAGGGGUGUACCUCCCGCAUACCUACGGAACACACAGACCCAGCGAUGCUGAAUAUAUGAACCACGGGGUCGCUUAUUAUAACACCUUCGUUGGAUUUGAUCGACAACCCUCGCCUGGUAUACACAGGACGUCGUCUCUAGGUGGGUCGGGUGCUCCUGUGGUGUCCUCUAAUACGGGGAACACGAGUGCGGGCGAGUGCAGUCGAGCGGACGCCUUGUAUAGUCCUGUGAGGUCGCACCCACAUUCUCACUCGCACUCGCAUCCACACUCGCACCCACACACCCAUCUACACCCACCGCCCGAACAGGAUAUAGAAAUAUUCGCAAAGGAUAAUCUCAAUUUCAACAAAGGAAUAUUCAGGAGAAAGGCAUCAGUCCGUGACAUGCUUUCUUGGACGUCAUCAUCGAUUAGCGCCCCUAUGGUGGGAGCGGAAUGGGAUAAGACACAUAAAAAGGCCGCCAUAGAUCUGUUCCGACUCGUACAAAUAUAUAUGGGAGAUCGUAAAGCCCGCCCCGGCAUGACGCUCAACUCUGUUGCCCAGGAUAUACUUCACGCAACAUUCACCAAUGAGAAAUUGCGUGACGAGCUAUACGUGCAGCUGUGCCGUCAGACCACAGAGAACCCUCUCCGCGACUCGCUGCUCCGCGGCUGGGAGCUGCUGGCCGUGUGUCUGUCGUUCGUGCCUCCCUCGCCCGCCUUCCAGCCCGCGCUCACCAACUACGUCAACAGGCACCGCGACCCGGCCUUCGCGGAUUGUUUCCCUGAGGUCGGUAAAUGGCCAAUUCACGUCCAAGUGUCACACUAUGCGAGUGUUGCGUGUAAGAGGUUGGAGAGAAUUGGCUUUGGAGGAAAAAGGCAACCAAGGAAACCGAGUACUGAAGAUAUUGAUCAGGCUAGAAUUCAAAUAUUCAGGCAGUCGAUGUUCGGUAACACGCUCGCGGAAGUGAUGGUGUUACAAAAAGAGAGAUUCCCUCACAGACAGCUACCCUGGGUUCAAGUGGCACUGUCCCAACAAGUGUUACAACUCAACGGUAGAGAGACGGAGGGUAUAUUCAGAGUGUCAGCUGACGUGGACGAGGUCAACGCCCUUAAAGCUAAAAUUGAUAAUUGGGAACUUCCAGAUGCAUCUAUGCUUACGGAUGCGCAUGCGCCAGCAAGUCUACUGAAGCUAUGGUAUCGUGAGUUGUAUGAACCUUUGAUACCUGACUCGCUGUAUUCGGCGUGCGUCGCUUCGGGCGGGGAUUUCCCGGCAUGCGAGCGAGCGCUACAAAGACUACCGCCGUUAAAUAGACUCGUACUUACCUACUUAAUAAGUUUCCUUCAGCAAUUCACGGCACCAGAAGUGGUGAGUCAGACUAAGAUGGACUCAGCGAAUCUAGCUAUGGUGUUCGCUCCAAACUGUCUCCGAUGUACGUCACAGGAUCCUCGCGUGAUCCUGGAAAACGCCAGGAAGGAAAUGACCUUCCUUAAAACUCUCAUCACAAACCUAGAUACAUCCCACGUACAAGAUCUCCUGUGA